AAGUUACGGAACUUUACUGAUUACGGAAUUAUGUCAACUAUCCAGCGACGAGAGGUGGAUUGUAGGUUACUUUUUAGAAUUACCAUUAAGUACAUUUAAUUUUAUUAUAUAAAAGUUAUGACCAGUAUGUUAUGACUUUAAACACGUUAACCAUGAAAUGUUAUCGUAAUUCGUUAAAUAUUUAAAGUAAACGUGAUUAUGACUUUCUUGGGUAGAUUUUCAAAAUGAGAAUUGGUUGGAUUCAAAAAUUUGUAAAUAAGUGGCCUGGAAAGAAAACUUUUGGGAUUUACAGAUUUCUUCCUAUGUUUUUCAUUUUGGGAGCAGCAUUGGAAUAUUCUAUGAUUAAUUGGAGAGUUGGGGAAGUUAACUUUUAUAACACUUUUAAGAAAAGACAAGCGAAAGAUAUUGUAGAAGACAAAAUUAAAAAAUAUUCUGCAGUUUAA